AUGAGCUAUCUCACUGCUACCCUUAGCCAUGCAGAAAUCAAUCUUAUCAGCAAUCCAAACAGACCGAGCUAUGAGACAAUUCGCGACUUAGACGUGGCUUCUCAAUCGAUACGAGGCAAUACAGACCAGUUUGAGGAAUCACUGAGGAUCAAGAAUACGCUCGAUGCGUUCGCACGUAGAGCUGCCGUCGAGCCGAGCCUGGAAGUGCUCGCGGCCAUUUUGAACUGCGAGUACAAACUCUGGAAGAUGAACGAGGGGAUAUCAAUGCGAUUUAAGCCUUUCUUAUCGCAUUGGAUUGAAUCGCUUAUAGUCAUUGACGGGGAGCUCGCUGCGCUGCAGCUGGACACGGUCACGAAUAGCCACAUGAAGAAUACGGUCACGACGGAUGAGAUUUUGCGGAUCAGAGCAAGGUGUAUCAAGGGUUUGCUGGUGGACAAGCCACUACCUCCAAAGGAACCAACCUGGCGCGCAUACCAGCGAAUGCUCGAGAAUGAGGCUGCGCUGCCAGACUUCGACAUUGUACCGUAUAUGCAGAUGCUUGUGGAGACACAGAUCUGGGACAGGCUACCGGAGACGCAGGCACAAACUGUGGAAAAGCAUGCGCAGAAUGGGACGGAAAGGAACGGAUUGCGCAAGAGCAAGACACAGGGAGUCAAUGGCUCAGAGUCUUGGGAAGAGGGUAUGUUGCGAAAGCUCAGGGAUGCACCCGAUGUAGCUGCCGAUGAACUCGCGCGUCUCCCUCUUGAGAUUUCGUCGCUCGAUUUUCUUACUAGACUCCUUGUCGAUGAUACCUUCGGGGAGUUUGAUGUCGACGGUCCGAACAUCAUCCUUCGGUUUAUACAGCACGCGUUACGGCUUAUAGAAGCCAUGGAGGCACCUCCGCCAACUUCGGAGCUGACUACAAACGGUAUACCGAUUGUCGAAUACGGGAAAGAAGCGCAGACCCGUGCUAUCAGCAUCCUGCUGUUGUUUAUCAAGAAUUCUAUGAGCAAGGGCAAGUUGGACGCUGGAAUGCUCAUUUUUGAGAUUCAGGAGAUAUGCAUCAGGUACCUGUGGAUGAAGGAAGUUCGCGAGUUCCGGGCUUGGAUAGAGCAAGGGCCUUGGGAUGAUUGA